UCUAGAGCGUCCCGACCAGCGGAACCAGUCGCAGUUUGAACCCCCUAGGACGUCGAUCGAGGAGCCGAUAUUUCCUGGAAGCAGGCACCUGGGCACGAGUCGAAGGAUCGUGCCGUAACCCUUGGCCAUGAGCUCGGCCCCGGAAGCAUGCAGAAGCCACUGAGAGAGCUGAGCAGGCUGUGCCUCGGUACGGGUGAGCAGACCAACGUCGUCACCGCGGAAGUGAACGUAGAGACACGUGGCGGACUUCCUCUGCUGCAGGUAUGGCCGAGCGACUCGCCAAGGGGCGAGGCGGAUGGACAAGCGCAGGCAUUUGUGUUCCCAGAUGUCCAGGACAACGUGAACGACAGUGGGAUCGACUCCAUCCAGGUAGCCUUCGCGACGGAUGCAUCGCCGUCGCCCUGCGGCGCUGCGAGUAGCAGUCCCGCUGUGACGCCUCAGCAGUCCCGACGCGCCAGUUUACUUCAUCCGGACCAUGCUCGGCUGCAGCUGCAUCAUUUGCAUCACAAUCACCACAAUUCCGGGUCUAAGAACCCGCCAACUCCGGACAGGACAUCCAUUGAUGAGGAACCGCCCCCUCUGCCCCCCAGUCCUUCCAGUUCGACCACCAGCAGUCUGCGCUCCAUGCCAAGCUCCGCGAUCGCCUCGAUGCACUCCCAAGACAGAAGACGCAGCAGCAGCCUUCCAGGAGUUGAACCUGCUCACGAGACGCUUAAUCCCGUCACUACUCAACACACAAGGUACAGCAUGUUCGACGCCCUGGACCUGGAGUACUCCCUCCUGAGGGCAGCAGCACGUGGCUCCGUGGGUCCGUACUCCUUGUCGGAGUCCCUGCAUAAGCUGACCUUCACCCAGAGCCUGGCGUUUCCGGCGUUGGCCCGCGGGCUGGCCUCGAAGCAGAGCAUUCCCACCAGGAGGCCUCAACAGCACACGGAGAGCGGCUUGAACGCGUUCGCGAAAGUGGUCACCGCGUUGGUGCUGGUUCUGGUCAGCGUGUUGGUGUUCGGUGUUGUGUACAAGUUCGUGAGGACGUGAGGAUGGCUGCUGGUACCCGAUCGACAGCCUGGCUCCUCGCAGGAGUUCGGCCGAUCGGGUGCCGGCGAUCCUCUCGACGGUUGAUCAUCCUUUUGAUCGAUCAUUCGCGUUGACUCUCUGCUUUGGUGAACGGUGUGCGGUGGUUUGGCGAAAUUUGAGCGAGUUUUGUGUAAGUUUCGAUACCCUCGAACACGUUCGUGGAAGUUUGGAGAGAUUUGGUACGUGUUCCAAUAGAUUUGAGGAAGUUUGAAGAUCUGAGGUGAUGUUUCGAAGAAGUUUGGGGAUGUUGGCACUGAUCGGGGAUUAGGAUUUCUGUUGCAAUUUGAGAGAGUGUGAAGAUCAGCGACGUGAAUCACGGCGGGAGUUUGUACCGAGGGUUUGAGGACGUUUAGAGUUGAAUGGUAGCUGUGUUUUCGUUUGCUUUUAGUUUGUAGCGACUGGUGAUUAUUAGCUAAAUCUCAGGGAUUAUGCAAACUCUUUAAAUUGUUUAGGUUCUCCAUUUUGUUAUAUGUCUAAGAAGAUUUGAUGCUGUGUGAAUUAAAGUUAUAUAGUUUGAGCUCUCUGUUAUUAAAAUUCUACCAGCUGGGUACCAUUCUGACUGGAACACAGAGUUAAUUUUGAACUUCUGAAAGGAUUCACAGAAGUAGUGUAUCAUCGAGGAAUAAUAUAUUCAAAGAUUGUAAUCGCCUUUCGCGGAUAAAUGAGUCCUUUUGAGUCCUCUACAAUGGCGGAACGAAUUGCUUGAGCAUGUGUGGCGAAAAAAUUAACCUUUUACGCGUGAUAAUCACUUAUUGAAGGUUAAUUCCACUCGAGACAUUAAAUGAUAAAAUAAAUACCGAAUGUUGAGGUAUCGAAAGUAACACGUAGUUGAAAAUAGGAUGUAACGAACGAGCUUGACAGGAUACAAUAAAACAGAACGCUGAUCGGUUUGGAUCGUAUACAAUUCAGGGUGCACGGAAUGCAAGUAUUCGACGACUGACGAUGAAAACGGAAUUUCGUCGGAAAAUACGGAAUUUUGAUACGGUGCUGAAUAUUUAACCAAGGCGUUAACGAGCGUUUUUUUAAUGUAAAAACGGUGGGCAGACGAUAAUCGAAAAAUGAUCGUUGCUGCACGGUUUUCAAGCGGACGAGGUAACUCACACGAGUCACUCAAUUUAAUCGAUAAGCGAGCAGAAUUGUAUAAAAAAUUUCUGAAAUAAAAGCUACCUCGUAUUUUUCUUACGUAUAAUAAAAUAAAAAAUGCAGUGAAUACUUUCAAUGAAAAAGUUAUCCUCGUCAUUGCAUUAUUACGUUUGAAAUUUAAAAGUGACUUCUAAAGUCCUCUAAGCUUUGUAAUUUUUAGAACUUUGUCCGAAUGAAAAUUUCAAAAAAUCGAUGCAAGGAGAAGGAAAGAUAAGUCCUGGAUUAAGUAAAGUGUAAAACAAUGAGUAGAACGUGGACAGGAUUGAGAGAUUUUUAUUUCGUCGCUGAUCUUACGAAGACUGAUUAGCACGUAUAAUGGUAUAGGACUCCCAAUUUCUUCCAGGACUUCUCUUUCGUUCUCUCAUCUACAGAAUGGUUCGCUAAAAACAGGCAACCUUCGCAUUUUGUGGUAAUUAAAAAAUUAUGAAUUUCUUUGGUGUUUUCUUUUUGAAAUGAUAGUGGUGUAAGUGAAUAGAAGAAUAAAAAUUAAACUACUAUUUUGCACAUCAUUCUUAUCGGAGUGUCAAAUCAUGACAUAGCGUAUGUACGUCGUCUCAUUUCUCUCGGCACAUUUAUUGAAUGAAGAACAAAUAACUAUGUGAGUGAUUUAAUAAAUUUAAUCGCUUCACCCUAUUGUUUAAAAUAGGUAGAUAUAAAUGUUGCCUGUUUCUAGUAUGCCAUACAAAAUCGACCACACUGUAUACACGAACGUGCACGAGCAUGCACGAAUUAGGUAAAAAUCCGUGACUCUUCAAGUGCUUUACACGAUUCUCUCUCGACGACAAUCGCUCCAACAUUUACACCGUAAUUUUAAGCGAAGCGCGAGCUGGAUCCUUCCCGAGAAUUCAGUCCUUACGAUAAAUCGAAACGCUCGAUAAUUUUCGUCGCAAACGCGAUCGUCAGAUCGAUGAUAUCUUCUUCCCGCUUUGCGAUAAUCGUAAUAUUAAGGCAGCUCGUGUGAUCUACAUAUAUCGUGAAUGGGUCUCAAUAUGAAAUUCGAAAUCUCCACUGGUGCUGAUAAAAGUGUACAAAAUUUCUCUGAUAUUAAUCUCUCGUGACGAAUCGAAUCAAAAAGUCCUUUUCCAUUUUGCAAUCCAAGGCUUUCCAUUCGAAGAAUUAAUUUCGAUACAAGUUUCACAUAUUUGUCAACAUCCUGUAGAAUGCUUUUCUGCGUUUCGUUUCAAUUUUUUAGUUUGAAUUAAUUUGAAUGGAAUCAAUGGAAUUUCGAGUUUCGACAUUCAUAAAAGCAAACAUGCUGAGAGAUAUUUUUCUUAGGAUUACGUACCGUUGGUACCUUGCACAAGAUAAUCGCGAAUUGUACACGUACACGCAUGUGCUAUAAGUUUAUUGUAAGUAUAUACAGGGUGUCCAAUAAAAUCUGGGCACAAAUUUGAUCAUGAAUUUACGAGAGUAAUCAAAAAGCAUUUGUAUAAACAUGUAUCCUAGUGGAUGUUUACCUUGUACCUUGCUUUGCUUUGUACCUUGUACACGAUUUCGUGAAUUGCUUGGAAACACUUUGAUAAUGCUUUCUAUAAAUUUCCAAUAAUAUUUUGAGUAGAGAUUAACACAAUACUGAAACGAUUACAAUUUGAGAAGGUUAGCACAAAGAACUUGUACAAGAAAAUUGGUUUAAAAUUAUUUUUCUGUAUAGAAGUUAUUUCUAAAGGUGCGUUCACAUUUUAUGAGACAUCCUGUGUGUACAAACGUUACAAAGUGGUGUCUUCGUUUCUUUGGCGUUGUUCUUUAUAUUGAUAAGCAACGAAAUUUCUAAAAUAAUCCUGAGAACUUGUCGCGCUGACGAAGAACAACAUUGCAUUCCAAUCUUGUUUUUUUAAUGUACAACAUUAGAUGUACAUGCUCGCGAAAGGAAGCCUUUUUUUACCUCGACGAAAAUGUAACUUCUGCGGUGUAACGAUAAUUGAGGUCUAGGACUCGCUGAUUUGUAAGAUAAAAAAGUAAUUCGUGCGAAUCGAGAAUAUUUUUCCACAAAGUGGCACACGAUUUUCCAUAAAACAAAAAAAGAAAGAAAACAAAGAAUAAUAUAUAUCAGAUAUGAUUUUUAUAAAGACAUCGCGGUCUUCGCUACUCUUAGAUGAUAAAUGCAAAAUGUCUCUAGACGCUGUAAUUUGAUUCGUUCAAUUUUCCCGAGCCAGCUAAUUCUUUUUCCAGAGGCGAGAGGACGAAAAUCGUCAAAUUAUUUGAUACCUUUGUUCGAUCAGUCGCUUCUUACUGUAAAGGACUUUCGAAUAUGUUCGAAAUAAAUUUGAAAAUAAAGUUCUUCCAAGGAUUCAUCUGUA